AUGACUUCCCCAAAACGCUCGAUUCUUAUCACUGGAUGCUCACGCGGGGGAGUAGGAAAUGCUCUCGCUCUUGAAUUUGCUGCCCACGGCAUGCGCGUCUUCGCAACUGCGCGAUCCACUGCAUCCCUGUCUACUUUGGAGGAUAAGGGAAUUGAGACAUUUGCACUCGAUGUGACGAAUGCGGCAAGCAUUGCAGCACUCAGGGACGAAAUUGUGAAGCGGACCGGCGGCAAAUUGGAUAUGCUGUUCAACAAUGCUGGUACAAUGUAUGAAGCGCCGGCAAUCGAAGCCGAUCCUACUCGCACACGUGCCAUGUUUGAUGCCAAUGUCUUCGGCCUGUUUGAUAUGGUUUCAACCUUUACUCCUCUUCUUCUAGCCUCCGCUUCGAAUACGCAAACACCACCUGUCAUUAUCAAUACCUCGUCAAUCCUGCCACACCUCCCGUUCGCCUUUUCGGCGGCGUAUAACGCCUCCAAAGCAGCUGUGGCUUCCUACAGCGACACUCUCAGGAUCGAGCUUGAUCCACUCGGUAUUAAAGUGGUUACAGUGUUCAUGGGCGAAGUUGCCACGAAUCUCAUGUCAGCUGACAAUAUCUCGUUUGGCUCCGGAAGCAUAUAUAUCGAUGCUGAAGAGAGAGCCAAAGAAAGAAGUCGAAACCAUUCCAAAAACAGUCUGAAACCAGAAGCUUUUGCCAAACAAAUUGUCGAGGAAGUAGUGGUGAAGCAUCCUAGAUACGGACAAGGUGAGUAUUUGUGGAAAGGCAGCAAUGCUGCGUUGAUUUGGUUCUUGAAUGCUGUAGGAUGGAGAAAGGUAUUCGACAGCACUGUGAAAAAGAUGGUCGGGCUUGACCAAGAGAAAAUCCCGACGUCUAUCUUUGACAAGGGCCAAGCAUCCGUGAAAUUAGAAUGGCAGUUUGACCUUAGCAAAGGAAGAAGUUUCGGUGUUUAA